AUGGAGUUAUGGUAUCCACCACCACUCCAUAGCAAAUACAACAAUUUCACAAUCAACAUUGAUUAUAGUAUGAAAUCACCUUUAGGUAAUAAUGAUUAUCCUUGUAAAGGCUACCUGCCUGAUCUAAAAACUCCUGAAGGUGCUUCUGUUGCGACGUGGGUUGCUGGGUCAACACAGAAAUUCACAGUCGUCGGUAGUAUUACCCACAAGGGUGGAUCUUGCCAAGCCAGUCUGUCCACUGAUGGCGGCAUAACAUUUACGGUCAUCCACUCCUACAUUGGCAACUGCCCGCUCGUUUCUGAAUUCCCUUUUACGGUCCCUAGCGAUACUCCUACUGGCCCAGCCGUGUUUUCCUGGACGUGGUUUAAUAAGGUUGGCAACCGCGAGAUGUAUAUGAACUGCGCAAGUGUCACCAUUAGUUCAGGGUCAGGAUCAGGCCCUGUGGAUACUGCGUUUAGCUCCCGACCAGACGCCUUUGUCGCUAAUGUUGGCAAAGGCUGCAGCACCCUUGAAUCCAUUGAUCUUGAAUUUCCGGAUCCAGGUCCAGAUAUCACGGUGAACAGCAUUGGUACUACUCACCCAAUUGGGUCAUGCUCCCAUGCAGUCACAAAGGCUGGCAUUAGCUCCAUCAAAAGCAUUAGCAUCGGUACCCAAACGUCGUCACUAAGUGGCAAGUGCGGUGGCUAA